UUUUUGCAUUUGUUUUAUUGCCUAAGACCACUUUAUAUUUUAUCAUUUAUGAUUUGUCUAACUUUACUUUAUAGCGUCUAGCUGAGUGAACGUUACAGCUAAGCAGAGCCUAAUCAUGUCCAGCAGGUACCCGAUAGUGGUUCAGGGCGAGGCGUCUGAAACAGACUCUGAUGAUGAAGUCUACAUCACCUCACUGUCAGCCAACCAAACGGGCACCGUCGGAGCGAAGGUUCCAGGGGAGGCGUCUGAAACGGACAGUGAGGAUGAGACGGAGCAUGUUGCCCGAGGCUCUGCACCGAGGCAGGAGAGCGCUCAGAUACUCCAGAGAGACCUGCCUCCUCUUAUUGUAGUCAGAGACCACCCAGAUAUACAGUCCAUAGUGGAAGACAGGCCCAGCCCCUCACACAAGCCACACGGUGACACCCUUUUACAACAGAAGCUGCAGGAGUCUAACAGUCGGCUGUAUUCUGAUGUGGGACUGAUGGUGCAGCAGGUUUACGGCAAUGCCAGCAAAGAGAUUCGCACUGCAACAUCCCAGCUGAAUGCCUCACAAACCGCCAUCAUCAACGCGUCUCACAGCAUCAGAUUAAUCCUGGAUGACCUGAAGGCUGUGUCCGAGAAGAUUGACAUCAUCACCAGCUGUCAAAUACUGCCUGAUAUUAACAUCAAUAAUCCAAAUAAUCAUACUGCUCCUGUACCUUAAAGAAAUAAAUGAUGCACUUUUAAAUAAACAUAUCAUUAUGAUAUUUACACUGAAUAUCUGAGAGAAGGACUCAAGCUGGACUAAAUAGCAUGUUAGCUCUACUACUGUGUUUACAGACAACGCCUAUGCAUAAAUACAUAUAUUUAACAGUUUCACAUUACGUAUAUAUUUAUCUGUAAGGUACUGCUUGUCCUUGUGUCUGGAGUUUUGGGGGUUUAUUUGAGAGCAGGAGUCAAGGAAAAAUAUGAACGUCAUCUCAUGUUUUGCAUUUAAGGUUACAUUUUUUUAUAUAUAGAAAUUUACAUCCCAUUGUUUUUGCCUACAGUUCCAAUUAAUGUAACUCAUUGUGAUUUCAUAAUCCAAUCUUGACUGAUUUUUGAUGAUCUUUUUCUGUCUCUACUCUGCUGUUUUUUGGUCCUCUGUGACAGAUCAAGGAAAUAGGUCUGUGUGAGUUUUUAAUAGUAAUUUAGUUUUUUUAAUUUUUCUUCUGUGUUUAAAUUGUAAAAAUACAAUUAACUCAGUUGUUAAAUUCCAAAUUUUCCUCAGUCCUGAAUAUUGUUUCUCAUUGUUGGCAGCCAGGAAGGUGUAAGUUUUUUUUGUUUGUUUUGUUUUUUGUACUUCAAGAAUUGUAAUUUCCCAGAAGCAAAACGACGGUUCAGUGGCGAGGCUUUGAAUGACAAUAAAUGUGGAGAUACCUGAAA